CUUUCUGAGUGCAGCUGGCACCAUGGGUGUGCUCUGGAGCAACUUCUGUUUGCUCUGAGCCCCCCGCCCUGCCUCCCCUUUCACCACGUUUCCUCUGGCAAGGUUUUAAGUACAGCAAUUCAAGAAGAUUUCUCCUCCUAAACUAUAUUAUUCUAAAGUGUAUUGCCUCUUGAUUGCUGGAAAAGAAUCUUUAAUUCAUUUCAAAAGUAACUUAUGAACAAACUUAUUAAAAGUGAUGAAAGGAGCACUGAAAUUGAUUAGAACUAAUUUUUCACUGUGCCAAAGUGUGCAGUGUCUUUCAGAGGAAACUGUAACAGAUCUUGUGAGUGUGCCAUGCCGGUGGGGAGAAUUGAAUGUCCCUCAUCUCCCUCUUUCCCUAGGGACAGUAGUCAUGAGUGCCGAGUGUGCGGGGUCACAGAAGUGGGUCUUUCUGCGUAUGCAAAGCACAUUUCUGGCCAAUUGCACAAAGAUAAUGUUGAUGCCCAGGAAAGAGAAGAUGAUGGAAAGGAAGAAGAAGAGGAAGAUUAUUUUGACAAGGAACUCGUUCAGUUAAUAAAGCAAAGGAAAGAACAAAGUCGGCAAGAUGAACCUUCCAAUAGCAGCCAAGAAAUAAACUCCGAUGACAGGCGAUCCCAACGGAGACGAGAAGACCGAAUUCCUUACCAAGACAGAGAGAGCUACAGUCAGCCAGCAUGGCAUCAUCGUGGACCUCCUCAGCGGGACCGGAAAUGGGAGAAAGAUGGCUAUAAUAAUACGAGGAAAAACAGCUUCCCACAUUCUUCGAGGAGUAGUGGUGGAUCAAGGGGAUGUUCUGGCUGGCAUAAGGGUGUUACAGGAGGCUCCUCAACUUGGUUUCACAACCAUAGUAAUUCUGGAGGUGGUUGGCAUUCAAAUAGUGGAAUGGUAGAUUGGAAUCAUAAUGGUACAGGAAGGAAUUCCAGUUGGCAUUCUGAAGGAACAGGUGGCUUUUCCAGUCGGCAUAUGAACAGCAGUAACGGAAACUGGAAAUCCAGUGUACGUAGCACAAAUAGUUGGAAUUACAGUGGCCCCGGAGACAAAUUUCAACCAAGCAGAAACAGAAAUUCUAACUGUCAAAUGGAAGACAUGACUAUGCUAUGGAACAAGAAAUCUAAGUCAAACAAAUACAAUCAAGAGAGAUAUAAGUGGCAGCGGCAAGAAAAUGACAAAGUUGGUGCAGUCGCCACAUACAGAGGUCCUUCUGAAGGAUUUACAAGUGAUAAGUUUUCUUCAGAAGGCUUACUUGACUUCAAUUUUGAGCACCUGGAAAGCCAAACCACUAAACAAACAGAUACCUUAGCUUCCAAAAUUGGUGGGAAGAAUGGCAGUGUAGCAAGGGAAAAGCUCCGUCGCUGGACUCCUUACCCUUCCCAGAAGACUCUGGAUUUACAAUCGGGAGUGAAAGAAGUCACUGGUAACAAGUUGGAAACGAUAGAUAAGCCUCUCUUUGAUUUUAGCUUGAUAACCACAGGAAUACAAGAGCCCCAAAUUGAUGAAAGAAAUAAUUCUCCAGCACUGAAAUCACAAAAAGAAACACAUACUAGAUCUCUUAAUCAUAAAGCCACUUCUGACUGCACUGCUUCCUAUGAGGUAGUGAGAGAGUGCCCCGUUAUAGAAAAACCUGAACAAGAGCAUACCUUAAAUAAGAUGCCAUUGCUAAAAUCCCCACUCCUUCCAAUUCCAGUCACUAAAUCAGCUCCUCAAAAGCAAGAUUCAAAGAAUCCCUCAAAAAACACCAAAACGAAUUCUUUUUUUCCUGGAGAACACUCAAACCCCUUGAACAAACCCACUGUGGAAGAUAAUCAGGGUUCUUACGUACCCAAAUUGCGAAAUUCAGGUCCUCGUGUUUUAAAAGGGCAUAAAAGUACAUUUGGAACUCAAAGGGAACCUGAUGAAAAUUUAAGUGAUACAUUACAAAAAGCCAAAGAUGUGCUAGAGUGUAAUGAGUCAUUGCAAAAUCCACUUCUUAGCGCUUCUAAAAGGACCAGGAAUUAUGCAAAAGCAAGUAGGAAUGUAGAAGAGUCUGAAAAAGGAUCUUUGAAGAUUGAGUUUCAAGUAGACGCAUUAGAAGAUGAAAGUGAUGGAGAGAUAUCUGAUGCAGAAAAGAAUGGAACAAAAAUUGGAACCCUGGGUUCUGCAACUACAGAAGUUUUAUCCUGCAGUACUCAUGCUGCUGAUGAGAAAAGGGGGGAUGACCAAAACCUGAAAACAUCUAGAAAACCAUCCACUUCCCCAUGUAACUCAACAGUUCACCAGAAAGAAUCUGAGUUACAAAUGACAUCUGUAGCCAGCCCACACUCUGACUUACUGCUAGAUUUGAAAACCGCUCUAGAAGAUGCACAGGUUGAUGACCCUGUUAAAUCUCAUGUAUCUUAUGAAACAGAAGGCUUUGAGAGUACUAGCUUGGAUGCUGAGCUUCAAAAAAACGAUAUAGGUCAGCCCUCAGGCCCUCUCCUGCCUGAACUAAGUAAGCUUGGCUUUCCUGCCUCACUCCAGAGAGAUCUAACCCGUCACAUUAGCUUGAAGAGCAAAACUGGAGCACACCUUCCUGAGCCAAACCUCAACAGUGCUCGCCGCAUCCGCAAUAUCAGUGGUCAUCGAAAGAGUGAGACAGAGAAGGAGUCUGGGCUCAAGCCAACCCUUCGGCAGAUUCUAAAUGCAUCUCGGAGAAAUGUCAACUGGGAACAGGUCAUUCAGCAAGUAACCAAGAAAAAGCAAGAGCUAGGCAAAGGCUUACCCAGGUUCGGCAUCGAAAUGGUGCCUCUAGUUCAAAAUGAACAAGAGGUCUUGGAUUUGGAUGGGGAGCCUGAUCUGUCCAGUCUAGAAGGAUUCCAGUGGGAAGGCGUUUCCAUUUCUUCAUCCCCUGGGUUGGCAAGGAAGCGAAGCCUUUCAGAGAGCAGUGUGAUCAUGGACAGGGCUCCUUCUGUGUUUAGCUUCUUCAGUGAGGAAGGUACAGGCAAAGAAAAUGAGCCCCAGCAGAUUUUUUCACCUAAUAGCUCAUUGAGGUCUGCACAGAGUCAAAAAACAACCAUGGGCCUAAAGCAGGAAGUGACACCUCUAGCUGCCUCCCUAAGAACAGGUGAAAGAGCUGAAAAUGUUGCUACUCGAAGGCGACAUAGUGCUCAAUUAUCAUCUGACCAUACGAUACCUUUGAUGCAUUUGGCAACAGACCUGCACAGCCAGGAGAGCUCUACACCACUUUCAGAGAAUCACAAUGCCCAGGAGAGUAAUGGAGAAGGAAACUCUUUAUCAUCAAAUGCAGCCUUAGCCCUUGCAAUCUCCAGUUUGACAGAUGCAGCCACAGACAGUAGCUGUACUUCUGGUGCUGAACAAAAUGAUGUCCAGAAUAUUAGAAAGAAACGAAGAGCCACUGGAGAUGGAUCUUCUCCUGAACUCCCAAGUCUUGAGAGAAAAAAUAAAAGAAGGAAAAUUAAAGGAAAGAAAGAACGUUCUCAGGUUGACCAGCUGCUGCAUAUUUCGUUAAGGGAGGAAGAACUAAGCAAAUCAUUGCAGUGCAUGGAUAACAACCUUCUGCAAGCCCGUGCAGCUCUUCAGACAGCUUAUGUUGAAGUUCAGAGGCUACUUAUGCUCAAGCAGCAGAUAACUAUGGAGAUGAGUGCCCUGAGGACCCAUAGAAUACAGAUUCUACAGGGAUUACAAGAAACAUAUGAACCUUCUGAGCGUCCAGACCAGGUUCCCUGUAACCUUACACGAGAACAAAGGAACAUUAGAUCUCAAACAUCUGCUGAUGCCACACUGCUGCCUACUCCUUUUUUCCCGGUUUUCCUGGAGCCUUCAUCUUCCCAUGUGUCUCCAUCAUCCACUGGAGCCCCUCUCCAAGGAAUCACAUCUACUUUCCAAGCUCAUGGCAGCGUUCCUGCUCCGGACUCAUCAGUUCAGAUUAAACAAGAACCCAUGUCUCCUGAACAAGAUGAGAAUGUGAAUGCUGUGUCACAAGGCUCUGCUUGCAAUGUGUCCAAGGAAUUACUGCAAGCUAAUAGAGAGAUCAGUGACAGUAGUCCAGUUUAUCCAGUUAUCACUGCAGCAUUGUCCUUAUCAGAGCUAACAGAGAGAGUCCAUGAGCCUAGCCAAGAACUGAAGUUUUCUGUGGAGCAAGGAAAUACCAGAAACAGAGGGAACAAUCCCUCUUCCCAAUCAUCUGGUCUUCCUAGCAUAAAUAAAGAAGGUGAAGAGCCAAACAGAGGCAACAGCGGGUCUGAAGCCUGUACCAGUUCUUUUCCAAGAUUGUCCUUUGCUUCAGAAACCCCUUUAGAGAAAGAGCCCCACUCUCCAGCUGACCAUCCAGAACAACAGGCAGAGUCCACUCUGACAUCAGCUGAAGCUAGGGGGAACAAGAAAAAGAAGAAGCUUAGGAAGAAGAAAACUCUGCGGGCUGCCCAUGUUCCUGAGAACAGUGACACUGAACAGGAUAUAUUUACUGCUAAACCUGUAAGGAAAGUAAAAACUGGAAAGUCCACUAAAGGGGGGAAAGUGACAACCUCCACCUGGGAAGAUAGCAGAACUGGUCCAGAACAAGAGAGUGUCAGAGAUGAACCAGAUAGUGACUCGUCUCUGGAAGUCCUAGAAAUUCCUAAUCCUCAGUUAGAAGUGGUAGCCAUUGAUUCUUGUGAAUCUGGAGAAGAGAAACCAGACAGCCCAUCUAAAAAGGAUAUUCGGAACUCCACAGAGCUAAACUCAUUAGAAACUUCUCGCUCUGGUUGUGAUGAAGUUAGCUCUACCAGUGAGAUUGGCACCCGUUAUAAAGAUGGCAUCCCUGUAAGUGUGGCAGAAACUCAGACUGUGAUCUCCUCCAUAAAAGGAUCAAAGAACUCUUCAGAAAUAUCUUCAGAGCCAGGAGAUGAUGAUGAGCCCACAGAAGGGAGCUUUGAGGGGCACCAAGCUGCAGUGAAUGCAAUUCAAAUAUUUGGGAAUUUACUGUAUACCUGUUCAGCAGAUAAAACUGUCCGAGUUUAUAAUCUCGUGAGUCGGAAGUAUAUUGGUGUCUUUGAGGGCCAUACCUCCAAAGUGAACUGCCUCCUGGUUACUCAGACCUCUGGGAAGAAUGCUGCCCUUUAUACUGGUUCCAGUGAUCACACCAUUCGCUGCUAUAAUGUUAAGACUCGAGAGUGUGUGGAGCAGUUACAGCUGGAAGACCGGGUUCUCUGCCUCCACAGUAGGUGGCGAAUUCUCUAUGCAGGACUGGCAAAUGGCACUGUGGUCACCUUCAACAUAAAGAACAACAAACGACUUGAAAUCUUUGAAUGCCAUGGCCCUCGGGCUGUCAGCUGUCUUGCCACAGCUCAGGAAGGUGCCCGAAAGCUGCUGGUUGUGGGGUCUUACGACUGUACCAUUAGUGUACGUGAUGCACGGAAUGGACUGCUCCUUAGAACUCUGGAGGGCCACAGCAAAACCGUUCUCUGCAUGAAGGUGGUGAAUGACCUUGUGUUCAGUGGUUCCAGUGAUCAGUCAGUCCAUGCCCACAACAUUCACACUGGUGAGCUUGUACGGAUCUAUAAAGGUCACAAUCAUGCAGUGACUGUGGUGAAUAUCCUAGGAAAAGUGAUGGUGACUGCUUGCCUGGAUAAAUUUGUUCGUGUCUAUGAAUUACAGUCCCAUGAUCGAUUGCAAGUAUACGGAGGACACAAAGACAUGAUUAUGUGUAUGACCAUCCAUAAAAGUAUGAUUUAUACUGGCUGUUAUGAUGGCAGUAUUCAGGCCGUGAGGCUAAAUCUGAUGCAGAAUUACCGCUGCUGGUGGCAUGGUUGCUCUCUGAUAUUUGGCGUUAUAGAUCAUUUAAAACAACAUUUGCUGACUGACCAUACAAAUCCGAACUUUCAAACUCUGAAAUGUCGCUGGAAGAACUGUGAUGCUUUUUUUACUGCUAGGAAAGGAUCCAAACAGGAUGCUGCAGGACACAUUGAACGACAUGCUGAGGAUGACAGCAAAAUUGAUUCAUGAAGUUUUUUGCCUCCCAUGUUGGGAAGUCUUUAGUUGAACUAAUUUCACAUCAGCCCCUUACACAGGCCAGUGUCUUCCCUUCCCUAGUGAAUCAGGGAAGAAGAGAGUGGUUACUAGCCAGGCUUACCACUAGCAUAAGUCUGGACCGCUCUAUGGGAUGAUAGGUUACACUUCUAAGUUCUUGCUGGAGGUUUGUCAGAUUUAAACAGAUUUUUAAGGAACGAUACUCUUCUGGGACAGCAUGGCAUAUAGUAAUUUAUGCUACUGGUGUUCUCCAGAUGUUUAUUAAAGAUACAGAUCUUAAUUGGCUACCCGGUUUGACCCUAAUCAUAUGUAUAUUUUAUUGAUUUCAGUCUGUGAUUUUUAGUUUCUGUUCUUAUGAUGGUUUAAACCUAUAGGCAGGCUUCUAAGUACAAAUUUGUCCAAUGCUAGAUUUUUAGGAUCAGUUUUAAUUUCUCCUUAAUUAUUACAAUCAGUUAAUUGUAACAGCUGGAUAUUUAAAUUGGAAGCAAAUAGUUUCCUUUCUUAACAAUUAUGUGCAGUGUGUUUCAGUAUGCUCUUUGUAGAUAGACAGAGCUGGCUUUAAAUGCUAAAGGGACACACAGUAGGUUUUUAACAGUUAGAGUAACUGCUCUGCUGAUUAUAUUUUUGGAACUCAGGCAGCAAAUCACGUAAUGACAAGUCCUUACAGACAGUACUUCCUAUUGAACUUCUGCAGAUUUUGAUAGAGUGCUCAGUUCAAGGCAGUGCAUAGACCUAAUGUCUACUUGGAAAUCUCACUGUUAGACCUGGGCACUCACUGCAGGCAUUGGCAGGCUGUUCUAACUGGAGGUAUAACCUUUAUCUCUCUUUCCAGCUUCUGACUCUCCAGGCGGGCUGUGGGUUUGAAACCUUUUCAUUUACUACAUUGCCAAACCCCACUCUUCUAUUCUCUGGCUGUGCCUAGACUGACAGUAGCCAUCAUAUACUUCAUCUGGGCUCACAGGGUACUUUCCACCCACCCGCGGUACCCAAAUGGGGGAGUCAGGAUAAAGCAUCUGAAUAUAGUUUUCAAGGCCUCAAGCAGGCUUCUUAAAGACCAAUGUCUUGCCUUCACCUCCCCCACUAGCUGGGAAGGAAGGGUGGAGUAGGAUGAAGGGAAAGACCCUACCUGUCCAUUGAGAGCAGCCAAAUGAACAAAGCCUUCAUGAGACCGCUUUGUUUUUGGAUUUUCUCUGGACUCUUAAGAGAAGCCAUGGAGGUGUUGCUUUCCAGCCUUUUGUUUCUAGAUUCUCAAAACUCUGAAAGAUUCUACAGAGAGAGAGAGGAAAAGGGAGAAGAGCCCAGCGCCACAUACCAAGCUUCAGAUGUGAUGCCUGUUCUUUCCUAGGACUGCAGAGCAUCCAGGUUUAUCUCCACCCAUCUUAGUGCACACACUUCUACUCACAUGUCUUCACUCAGGCUCUGGGGCAGGGGGACUUCCCCAGGGGUUCAUGGAUAGGUUUCAAGAGGGUAUCCAAACCCCCUGGAAUUGUGUGUAAGACUAAGUAGGUGUUUUUUUUUCCAGGGAAGCCUCCAGUGGUUAUUACUGGAUCCAAAAAAAACCAUUAAGAACUAAUCUAGGAGCUACAUCUAGGUAAUGAAUGGCUCCAUAAGCUAUUUACUUUUGUCCUUAUGAAUGGCAGAACUCUUGUGUUGACCACACUAUUGAGAUUUGCAUGAUACUUGAGAGAGAACAGAGAAGAUCCUGUUGCAUAAAGUUUAUGUGUGCUGUUUCUGUCUGAGAGCAAGCAUUCCCAUCUCUCACCCCAUUUCCUGUACAGGUGACCAGAGAAGCUAAGCUGUUCUGUGGGUUUGGGAAUGGUGAUUCCCAGGAAAGUACGUUUGCAUUUAUUGCUAAACCUGGCAUUUUCCUUUGGGCUGAAGUGAACCCACAUUUCCACGUUGGCUGGGCAGUGUGCUGAGGAAGUCUUGCAUACUCUGUUGCGUAGGUGCCCUUCUGUCCUGCCUGAGGACAUGUCUGAAAAGAUGAGAGUGGUGGAGCCUCUGUACAGCUAGAAGCGGGUAUGUGAGGUGUUGGGCAGUCAUGGGGAACUGUUGUAGGUAUGAACAGACUGAUAGAAUCAGUAAAAACUGAUUUGAGCUUAACUUUCAUAGAAUCGUGCACAGUCUAUCUGCCUUUAUGUGUGCAGUUGUGGAUGUUCCUUGUACAUGUGUAUGCGCGUGGGCACCUAUGCUUGUAAUACUUUUCCUCAUUUCACAAGAAUUUUCUUUGAAGCCGUGGCAAUAAUGUUUUUGUUUCAAGAAUGUGUAAAAUUCGUUUAACACCAGGUUAGUAUAUUGCCCUAAAUGCAAUGUUGUAGCCAUCUGUUUAGAAAUAAAGGCACCAUAAGCAUCUUGGCUGCUUAUGGUUGUAUGUUAUUACUUUUAAGUGUCUUGAAAGUUAUGCAAAAGUCUUGUUUUAAGUCUUCUGCAAUGUCUUGGCUGAUUCUGGCCUUCUGUUCCCCCUCAGAGUAGAGCAGUGGCUCAGGGAUUUGUGUUGGCUCUGAUGUUUAGUACUUAGUUGAGGAAGGAAAUUGUUACAUGACCUGACAAAACACAACUCAUUUCUUAUAAGGAAUUGGAGGCCAUUUUUAGAAUGUUAUUUUUAAUUACUUGUGUUUACUUCUAACAGCUAGAAGACAAGAAAACCAUAGCAUAAAUCCUUUUGUGUGCAUAUGCUAGGGUUUUAAUGGCAGUUUAUUCUGAUGAAAUAUCAGUCACUUCAAGUUUUAUCCUGAAGUUUUAAUCAGGUUCAAAAUUUUGGUAUACUGCUCUACUCAGUAUAAAGCAGUUAAACACAAUACAAAGUUAUCUUGACCUGAUGUUACUUGAAUUUGAGAAAACGUCAUUGCUAUUACACUCCUGCUUUUGUGGAGAAUUUUUUUCUGCCUCAGAAGAGUUAGCAGUUGAGUGUUUAGCUCCUGACCUAUCUAUAAUUUAUAGGCAACAUCACUGCCAUUUAAGUGAUUAUUUGCCAAACAAAGGGUUUUUUGUUUUUGUUUUUUUGGUAGAUUAUACAGUGCACAACUUUAGUGACUAGGUAUGUGGAUGAUUUGGUAGGAGUAGGUGUACAAAACUUAGCGGAAUGGUAUGGUAUAUUUUAUGGAAGAGAAUUCAUUGGAGGGGAAAUGAAAGUAUAUUGUGAAGUGCGAUUUAAACAGCAGGUACCCUCUGGUUUGCAAUUUAUAUACGCUGUCUUAUAAAUUUUGUUCCUGUUACCUAAAGGAGAACUCCUAAAACUGUUAAGAAGGCCAUGCCUGCCACAUUGUUAAAACAGUGAUUUUUAUCCCUGCCCCAAAUCAUCAGAUUCCUCAGGAUUUCAGAGAAGCUGUCUAAUGGUUAGAGUUAGAAGCUGUGGUAGAGAUGAUUUGGGUUAUACUGAGUUCCAUAUACAAGUGGAUGUGAAAUCCUGAUUAAACCAAACCUACUGCUUACCAGACAAUAACCUCUAACCUCACCUCCAACCCCCAAGUAUGUGGCCUUGCUGGGUCACAUGGUGACUAACGUUUCCCAGAUUUCCUCUAAAUUCAAGGUAGUAGCCCAAUUGAAUUGGGGGAGGAGGGAAUCAAGGAGGAAAGGCUGUUGAAGAUCUUUCUCCUACUCAAGAGAAAUAUAUGCCCUAGAGCUGUGCCAGCACCCUUGGUGUCUGAUUUUUUUUUUUAAUUGAAUAUGGGUUAGACGAAUGAAAUCAGAUGACACUUGACUGCAAAAAUGUUUAUAAGCAAAUAGCUUAGCCUUCUUACAUUUUGGUAUAAAGCUGCAAACUUCCUAACUUUGUAAAGCAAGAUAUAAAGCAAAUAUAAGGGGAAAAUAAAGUACUUUUACUAAUUGUUUAUUUUUGUUACCUUAUCUGCAUAUUCAUAGCCAAACCCUUCUUUUCCACAUUGGUAUAGAGAACAAGAAGGAAAUUGGGUAGAAAAUGAAAGAUGGUUGUAGAUAUGCCACAGAUCAUGGUCCAGAUAAGCUCGGCAGACAGCUACGUAUAAGGAUUUGUCCAAGGUCAUACAGUAGGUCAAUAUUAAUGGAGGAACUAGGAUUAAACACUUUAUCUCUGCUCCAUUACACUUAGGUAACUGGCCCCUCUGGUUAUAGGUGACCCAUUUUGUCUUGAUCUAGACACCAACAGCUAUUCCCCUUCCUUUCCUCAUGUAUCUUGGAAAGUAUUUGAGUGAUUCCUGUGCUCAAGAAAUAGCAAAAGGCAUGAUUAAAGUGGGGUUUAGGAUUUA